GACAUGGAGUUGACCGUGUCCAGCUUCGUCUCAUUGUUGGUCUACAUCUUGACCUUCUUGCUUGGACUUCCCGGAAAUCUCCUUGUUCUUUUCGUGUACAUCCGUAAGGCUCGAAAACAUGGUGCCACCCCCAAUGUAGUCUACGCUCUAAACCUGUGUGUGGCAAACCUGGCUCUAGUGUCAUGGAUGCCAGUCAAAGUGGCAGAGACGCUCCAAGGUUGGGCGCUUCCAGCUGCGGUUUGUCCUGUUUACAGCUUCUUUCUGUUUUCUUCUGUCUACGGUAGCAGUUUGAUCCUCACAGCAGUCGUUGUGGGCCGUUAUCUGAGUAUCGCCUAUCCCAUAACUUACAAACUCUACCGCCGGGCACGUACCUCUUGCCUGGUGAGCGCUAUCUUGUGGAUUUUAGUGCUUGUACACUUGGGUUUUGCUUAUAUUGCCGAAGGAGGGGGCCAUUUUGUGUCUUUAUCAGAGGAAAAUGUCUCGGCAUGCUAUGAAAACUUCACCCAGGAGCAGUUGAAAGUGCUGGUGCCGUUACGCCUGGAGAUGGCACUGCUACUCUUCCUGGUGCCGCUCGUUUUGUCAGCAUUCUGCACACUGCGCUGCCUUGUGCUUGUCAGACACUCUGCUUUGCCUUCUGUUGGGAAAAGAAGGGUGUUAGCCAUUGCACUCUCCACUUUAGUAGUAUUUGUGGUCUGUUAUUUACCCUACAAUGUUUCCCACGUGGUGGGAUUUGUCUUGUACACUAAUGUGGAGUGGAGAAGUGAAGCCAUGCUUUCCAGCUCCUGCAAUGUAUUUCUUGAGCCUGUGGUCAUGUUGAUGCUUUCGCCAUGGACGCCGAGGGAUUUGGUGGACCGAUUGUGCCGCAAACGAAGGAAAGCGCCAUGCAAGUCAUGGCAUCAGAAGCACUGGAACAGGGCUUCCAGGAACCCUCAAACAACAACGACACAAGCGGCGUCAGUAAUAAGCCAUGGUCAAUCUAAGAAUGACAGAGCAAAAGCAAACAAAGCAGACUCGUCCAUAAGUGACCUGAUUAGGGUACGGCAAGACACUCAUGGAAAUAAAUGAGAUGUUGACUUUGAACAUGAAUUUUUUUUAAACUUGUGAGUGUGAGUCACCCAGUCAUUUUUAGGGGAAGGAUAUGAGCUAUGAGAUCAUGUUUUGGUGGUUAUUAAAGAUAUUGGAUGAGAGUGCAUGUUCUUAUAAUAUUUUGCAAGCACAGCUUUCCCUUUUCAAUUAUGUUUGCCUCUGUAUUAUAUGAAUUUUUUUGUGAUUUUAACCAAAAAUAUAAACAAUAGUAAGUUAUUAUAAUGACUAAAAAUUGUAAAAUAGCAUCUAGUGGAUCUUUUAAACAUGAGGGAAGAUCUAUAGUAAAUUUGAAGCAGUUCUAUACAGACUCCAUGUAUAUUCUUUUAUUUCAUUCAAAUCUGAACAACAGAGUAGUAUUGAUGACCCAUGUGUUUAAUUUGUAACUAUUCUGUGAAACAGUUAUUCUGUAAUUACUGUAAUACUUGUACUUUUAAAUGUAUAAUGUGAAUGUGUAAAAUGUUUAACAUGGGCACUGUAUUCUAAUAUAAAUUAAAUUGCUCUUACAUUCUUUGGG